GGUGUGAGAGUAAAUAAACCGGAUCAGCUGACUCGUUGUGGCGGUUGUUUCUGAAUCCUGCACGGUCCCGGUGACCGGUCUGUGGAGGAGCCGUCGGCAUUGGGUUUGGGUUGCAGGAGACGCGGUUACCAUGGUGAAGUGUGUCGUCUCCGGUUGUCCGAACCGCGAGGUGCGGAUCUUCAACCGAGCACCGAGGAGGUUCUUCAGCUUCCCCAAAGACCCGGCCAGGGUCAAGGUGUGGCUGGCGGCACUGAGGGAGACCGACAAGCAGAGCUGGACAGAGCAGCAUUUAAUCUGCGAGGACCACUUCCUGCCGGAGGACAUCACAGCCGAUGGGGUCAACAGAGACGCCAUCCCCAUCAUGCCCCCCUGCCUGGACGGGUCCCUGAGCAUGAUCAGCUCCUGGGGGGCCGAGUCGUCUGAUGAGGAGGAGCAGUGGGCCGCAGGCGGGGGCGAUGAUGAGGAAGAAGAAGAUACUUAUGAAGGUGUGUGUGCUGGUUUUUCUAACGUGGUGGCCCGUGUAUGGGACCCCCCUGAACCAGAACUUCCUGCACCAGAAUCUCCUGCACCUGAGCUUCCUGCACCUGAGCUUCCUGCACCUGAACCUCCUGCAGUGGAUCCGUCACAGCAGGAUUCAAGUCCCUGGAAGACCUCAGGAACCAAGACGACUAGUGACGGCCUGCAGCAGAGGACAGACGAGAACUGGACCGAGACAGACACCAAAAAGGAGGUUUCCAUGCGCGCGCUGGUGAAGCGCUUCCUGGAGAUGAUGCUGACGGCUCCGGGCGGCCUGCUGGACGUCAGGCAGGUGGUCGCGAGCCUGCAGACCCGCAGGCGACGACUCAACGACGUCACCAACGUCCUGCGAGGCAUCAACCUCAUCGACAAGCCGGCGGCCCACUUAUUCACGUGGACGGGAGAGAGUCAGAUCUCCAGCUUCCUGUGGAAGAACGAGCAGAUGUUCCAGAGAGAGUUGGACAACAUGAAGCUGGUGGAGGACACGCUGGACGGCCUCAUCAAAAGCUGCGCCCAGCAGCUCUUCGACGUGACGGACGAUGAGGAAAACGCGGCGUUUGCCUACGUGACUCACGAGGACUUCAGCCGACUCACGGUCCUCCAGGAACAGACGCUGUUUGUUGUCAAAGCUCCAGAAGAAACAAGACUGAAGGUUCCCGCUCCCAAAAGGGACAACAUCCAGAUCCAUCUGAAGGCGGGGAAGCCCAUCACGGUGUUGAGCUGUGACGUCGGGAUGGAAGACACGACCGGAGAGACGAGCGACUGCUUCUUAACGUUGGAGGAAAGCCGGAUAAAGACGGCUACGCUGCACACAGAGUCCUUGGGGCGACAGAGUGCUGUGUAGAGUGCAUAGCCACCAGCCGACCAACGGGAGGCGCCAGCUGUCCGGUUCAGACACGAGGCUGGAAAAACAACGGACGCCUGACUGGAUUAUCUUCAGGACCAGGAUCGUUCAAAGAGAAUUUAAACUGACUGAUGUGUUUAAACCUGCUGAACUGA